CGUAGGGACCGCGGUGGUCAUACCAAUCACCGAGGACGUGGCAAUUAACUCCAAUCAACUCCAUUCGCCGGCAGCCCCACCGAGCCCAAACAUGACUGACCUCACUCGAUCCGAGCUCCAUCGCUUCAGGAUAGUUCUGCUUCAGCAUCUAAACUACAUCCUCUAUACUAUUCACAAAUAGCAGGAUCAACGAAGAAUAAGAAGACAGGCCUUAGUCAGAAUUCUUCACGAUGGUCGAUCUCGGACCCUUCCAUAUUCUAAGCUAUGGCACCCUCCUGGGAGUGGAGGUCUUCCAGUCCUUCAUUGGCGGCAUCGUCUCCUUCAGGGUCCUCCCGCGUCCGCAGUUCUCCCUACUGCAGAGCCAUAUCUUCCCCAUCUAUUUCUCUCUGCAGACGGCACUUCCAGUUGUAGCUGCUCUCACGUACCCCGGAGAGAAAACUUUGCUCGGGAAUGGACCUUCUAGUCUUGCUGGAGUGCUAGCCCCCGAAAAUCGGCUGUCGACCUUGCUGCCUCUUGCGACGGUGUUCAUUACCGGACUGACGAAUCUGGCAUUCCUUGGACCGCAAACCGUCAAGAUCAUGGAGGAAAGAAAGAAGCAAGAGGCUAUAGAUGGCAAGAAGAGCUACGAUCCCGCUCCUCACUCCAAGGAGAUGCUUGCUCUCAACAAGAGAUUCGGAAAGCUUCAUGGCUACUCGACUCUUGUCAAUCUUGCCGCUAUUCUGGCGACGAUCUCCUAUGGCUACGUCCUGGGAAAGCGGAUCUACUAAAUCAGAUAAUGGAUGCGUCUUACUCGAAGUUGAUCAACAUCUUGAGCAAACUAUUCACCAUAUGUAACACUCUCUACUCUGUAUGCUUAUAUUUGGAUUGUAUGUGUGCCCCUACUUCUCU